AUGUCGUUGGAACUAUGGUGUGACAACGUCGCAACCAUUCACCCUCUUCAAAACAAUCACAGCGGGGCAACGACGUACCAAGAUCCUUUUGAUGGGGACACCAAAGCAGAACAUCAACUAACAUGGCUCGUUAGGAAGGGCGAUCUGGUUCUAUCGAACAAAGCCAAUUAUUCGUCUGCCCUCAUCUGUCACAAAUUUGGCAGCGAUGACAGCAGAUACUUUUGCACUUAUUUAAUGGCAAACGAAGAUGACAAAGCUCCUGAAGGACGCUUGCACAAUGAAAUGUACAAACUCGCCAUGCUGAAGUGCAGCCUUGGAAGUGUCCCGAACGAAGAGUUUGAAAGGAGAAGAAUGCCCGACUCCAGGAGAUCAUACUUUCUCGCCAAUCUCAGACUCCAUCUCAUGAUCAAGGAUGAUGUGCGAUUCUGGAUCACCUUCGAAGAAAGAGAGUUGGAUAGGGUAGCGAUUGCAUACACCUGA